AUGGGUCUCCCCAAGGCGUUGAUGCACUCGAUGACCGAACGAGGUAUAGCCCACGCUUCAUCAUCAUCAUCGACGAACGCGGUGAAUCGCUCCGAGGCGGGUAAGGGGUCCUCCUUGCCGCUUUCGCCGUCGUCGACGGGGACGCUGAACGACAGUGUGCUCAGGCUCAACAUCGCGAUCGAUCCGGGCUGGUGGUUGGCUGGGGAGACGGUGAGGGGGGUAUUGGAGGUCGGGGUCGCCACGGAUUUGUUGGCGCUGGGGGAGGUGGGUGUCGAGUUUACGGGGUUUGAAGGUCAGUUUCUUGCAAGGUCUUGGCGCGGAGGGAGGGACGAGGACUGCAGCCGAACGGACGGACGAAUCGAGCGACGCGCUGCGAUGCACGGCUUGCGAUCGAGCUCGGUGCUUAUCUGGGCAAGGAUUCGACGCACUAUGAGUUGCAAGGAUGAUCACCACCGGUGAAAUCACGGUCUAUGGACGCUCGCCACGAUGCGAGGGAUGGACAGCGAUCCCCCACGAAUCGCCGACGCGUCGACUGCGAUCGUCAUUCAACUCGUCGGCUCAUCCAGUCCAACACGCGUCAUAUGCCCUCUUGGGCUACCACAGGCUCAUGAAUGGGAAAAGGCUACAGGGCACGACAUUCAUCAUCGUGGAUGGGUUUCUGCGCGCUUGUACAUCUCCGGGCGGCUACCGCUUGUGCUUCGAGCCGGCCCGACUUGACUCCGCAAGCUUGACAUGAUUCGGUCCAGGCGAGGAGCAGGAACCUAGCACUGACUAUUACAUAUUUCACCCAUUCACAUCUUUUAGAACUGCGAUCUCAAAAUCACACCUCGACAAGACGAAUCCUCUCUUCCCGCAUCGACUUCCAAGGCGGAACCUUACCCCCUUCCAACGCCGUCGUGCCCGGCUCGAAACCCAUCAACGGCCACAAGGGGUACUACCCCGCGCUCAAAGGCAAGACCAAGUUCAAGUUCAGUUUCAAACUUCCCAAAGAAGCGCCUUCGUCAUGUACGCUUGGGACGAACGCGACGAUGCGCUACGAGCUUCGAGCUUUUGCCAAUUCUGUCCUCGGCGGUAGCGUCGACGUUCGAUCCGUCAAGUGUCCUGUCCCCGUCGUGGAAAGGGUGAGUCAUGAUCGAGGACCCAACACAGUAGCUUGUGAGGUUGAUUGUCUGUUUUCUGGGAUGUGACUCUCAGUGGGCCGAUUGGGAAGCCGGAGUAUGGUGGGACGCCAAAGAGGGAAGAGCGGCGGCGAGCUUACGACUCGGUGGGGAAGGCAAGCUCGAUGUAACGUGCAGUGUGGGUAAAGGGGACUGGGAUGAGAAGCCUGUCAGACUCUUUUGGCGCCGCGAUACGGAAUUAGGUGCGAUUGGCAAGGGCCGGAUUACGAUCCAGGCUAGGGUCAAGAAUGGGACCAAAAAGCAUGUGAGUAACGAGUUGCACGCGGGGGUGAGGGCAACUGAGCUGACUUGAGAGGUCGACAAACGCAGGUCUCUGAUCUGAAAGUGUCCAUCUGCCGACGACUACGCAUCAUCUAUCCCGAGGGUCAAGAGCCGAUGAUCCCAGCACCGAUCGUCACGGCCGUCAUUACGAGCCAAAGCUUUCACGGCGCCGAGUUCGCGUUCCCUCCAGGCGAAGAGCGCGAAUGUGUCAUUGUUGUCGAUCUACCGAGGGAAGAAGGUAUCACCGUACGCAAGGGCAAGCUGUUUGAACUGGAUGCAUUCGUCAAAAUCGAAGCCGACGGUGGACUGCUCGCGAGCGAUCUUGCGGUCGAGCUACCCCUCUUCAUUGCGCACCCCCAUUCACUCCCACCUUCGGCGCAUGCUUUCAUUCGCGAGCAAGCCGAUUCCAAGACUGCACCUCCCGCAUCUCAUCAGCCUCACCUUGCCCUCUCGCCUUCACCUGUCGGAUUCUUGAACGCGCAAGAACGGGCAGGAUCGUUCGUCGACCUCAACGAGGUCGGAGGGGACCCGUCACGAUCAGGAUCUGUCGUCAGCUUUGGCAGUUCGCCUUCGCCAGGACCUGGAUUCAUGUCACCGUUCGUGGGCGGCCUCUCGCAACAGCAGUACAUGACGCCUCAAUCGAUGUCGCAGCAUUAUGGGAUCCCACCCUCCCCGUCUGCGGCGGAUCUCUACGUCGGUGUGAACCCGAAUCAGCCGGAUCUCACGCAUUCUCGGUUCUGCGAUCAUCUGGCGCACCAGAACCAACAGCAGCUUCCUACACCUGCUUCGACCGUCUCGAGCCGCCAUCAACCUCUUCCACCGCGUCCGUCUUCGUCCAUCUCGUUCAAUGGGCAUCUGGGCGACUAUGCCGUUUUGGCGCCACCACCGCCUGUCAAUGUCAAUGGGCAGACUUUCCCGUCACCGUACGCUCCGCCGCCGAGACCGCUGUCGGCACAUUCAUUGCCUCCCAUCCCUACUGGACCUCCUUACAAUGGCUUCCACCCUAUGGUGCUACCCUCGAACGGGAACGCGGGCUCACCAAUUCCACCGCCCCGUCGAUCGCCAGCCCCGAACGAGCAAAGCCCAGCGCAUGUUGCGGCUAUCCCUUCAUGUCCUACGAAUCAACGUACAGACGCAGGCGCCUCGACGUAUGGCCUCAACUACGCGACCCCUCCCUCGACGUGGGACCAGUACGCUCCGACGUCGGUCCCUGAGCCUUCCAACUCGCCUGCACCUUCGACGCAUCGGCCCGGAUCGGCGGGAUCAUCCACGGCUCGUUCAACGCCUCCUCCACCUUCUGCACCUUCGGCGAGGUGGUCUUCUCCACUACUUGCACUGACGACGAUAAGUAAUGGAUCGGUCCAACAACUGUCGACUUCCUCCGAAACCGGUUUGCUCGAGACGAUUGGGGAGGAUGGGGAAAGUCAAGCGGGGACUGCGCGCUCGAUGAAACCCGAAGUGGUGAACGCGCUCAAGGGUCCUAGUGAGGCGAAUGACGAAGCUGUUCGAUCUGUUCAUGGUCAAAUGGCGAUCAUGCCUACAAGAAGCUCUGCGCAGAAUUUGGAGGAUCUCGUGGAUGAGGAGGAUCGAAGGACGUCCGCUGCGGCAGAUCACAAACAGCACGAGCCGUCCGAUGCGCAGAUCAAACCCAAGUCACCACCGAGGUCAACGCCAAGGGCGCAAGACAUCUUUUCCGCCCCAAUCGAGGACGCCAAACUCGAGAGUCGCCCUCCAAGUCCAAGUAAAUCGCCGAGCCGGGGAUUGGCAUUCCCUCGGUUCCCCCGGGCGGAAGGAGGUCUGUCCGCAUUGGAGAAACGCCUCAGUCGACCUGCUACGCCGGAGGUUCAUUCGGUCUCGGUCGCGGAGGCAAGUGGGAGGGUCAGGACGAUCUCGGCUGGGAAUGGGAUGGAGGUAGAUGAUACGGUUGAAGCGGUCAGGAAGGCAAGGGCCGGAAUUGCGUACCCGCCGCCGAGGGCUCGUCAGGAUACGGUCGGAUCGCCUGUGGUUUACCACGUCGAGACGACGCAGACAGUCGCGGAUGAGCGUAGGCCCGAGCCUGCUCAGCCAAUUCGUCAGGCACAACCAGUCGAGGUCGCGCCUAAACCAGCUCGGGAAUCGCCAUCACAACCCGAACCUCCGCGAGUGGCUACGCCUGAGGCCGUCGUUCCUCCUCAAGCCACGCUGGCGGCUCCUAAUUCACCAGAGACGCCGCGUCGACGUCCCACGUUCAAAUCUCGCAAUCGCAACACGUACGAUGCCGAGCCCGUAGCUAACAACUUGGCUGGACUCAGUGUGACUGCUAGCGGUACACCCGGGCCUACGACUUCGAAGCAAUUGAUCUUGCCCGUCGAGAAUGGACGCAAGGUCGUUGACGGUGCCGAGAUGCAAGUGCUCAAGAAAGAUGCGGUGUCCCGAGUUGCCAAUUGGCUGCAAAGUUCGCCGAAGAUGGCGCCUGACCCACAGGUCAAAGGCCUCCCUUCGGCUCGCGAUGAACGACCUCAGUCACCCUUGAUGCGCUCUCAUCCACCCGCCAGCACUUCGUCACCUUCGAAGCCGGCCAGCAUCUCACCUUGGUCACUGCGCGCCUCGACUCGAGCAGGCCAUCAAUCGACCCGCUCCGAGCCCGUGAACGUACGACCCGCGUCCCCUCUCAAGCGAUCCGAAUCCAUCACGGUCCUCAAAGCCCUCGAAUCGACGAUGGAGUCCGUGAACCACAAGAACAAUCGCCUCGUUCGUUCGGGGAGUUACCUUUGUCGAUCGUCGAGCAAGCAUGAUUUCCCUUUGGAGGCGAGACGCUCGCCGACUAAAUCGAGCUGGCUUGAAGGCGACCUUACGCGACCGCCUUCUUCGCCCACGAUGGGGUCGUUCGCGAGUGCGAAUGGUUUGAGCUAUCAAGCGAUGAGGGCUGGGAGGGAAGGGGCGGUUUCGGAUGCAGCGAGGAAAUGGUCGGCGGUGGCGAAUGUGGUUGAGGAACUGGAGGAAGAGGUGCGUCCUUGAGGAAAUGCUUCGGACAUGUGGUGUUCUGCUGUAAACUGACAAAAAAGGUACCUGUCGUGUUGCAGGUCCAUCUUGUCAAGCCUCUACCAAGAUUCGGGGCCAAGACGGCCCUUCUGACAACUUCGGUCUCGCAACCCCUGCUGCCCGUCGGCAACCGAGAUUUGCCCGCUCGGAAGCCGAGCUCACCUUCAGCCUCGCUCUCGUCGUCUCCUGCGCGUGUGCACUCCCCUUCGCUCGCCAAACCAUUCGUCAAUACGACGAUGGGUCGUGGGGGGUGUUUGUGCGUUCCAAUAGCCGAAGCGGUACCGAUGGUUCGCCGACCUCGUUGA